AUAUAACAUAUUAUACCCUGUUAAUUAUACAAAAAUUAAAAAAUACUGUUUAUACAUUAUAUCACACCUUUUUUGUUCCUCCCAAGUUAAGUAAGUUAAUCGCACAUAAAAAAUGGUGCGACAAUGGAUGGUCACUUGUGUGUUGUAGACUCAGUAGAGACUCGAUCAUAUAUGGUAUGCCGGCGCGGGUAACAAGUGGUUCGUAUUUUUGGCGGAUACAGCCUUUAUUAUAGAAAAAUCACAUUAUUGAUUAGUGUUUUGAAUUUAAAAUAUUUUUAAAGUUGAAAAUUUCCAUCUCGAUCAAAUAUUUAAAUGAAAAAAAAACAUAAUUACAUUUUUUUAUGAAUUACUUAUUGAUUGCUGAUUACACAUUACAAACAUUGAUAAUAAAUUAUUUUAUCAGUUGGCUCUUUAUUAUUUAUAACAUACAAGUUAUAUUUUUUAGAAUCAAACAUUUUAGUCUUGUCAAUUGAAUAACAUAAUAUUUUCUUGGAUUUUUUGUCAGACAGUCAAAAAAGAGUCCGGCUUUUUUCAAAUUAGACUUUUCGUCUGGGGCUCACUAGAGAUGUAUUCGAAUACGACUUACCAAGACUGCAAACAGGCUGUCUGUUAGAAUCAGAUCAGCUUUCAAAUUUCGCCAAUUCGCCCUAUCAUUCAUCACCAAAGAAAGUAACGCAGGAUUAUAAUAUGUAAUAAAUUAUAAUUAUAUAUUUGCCCGAAGAUAAAGAAAUAAAGAAUGGUUAGAUACACAACACGCCAACACCAUAUGAUAAUAAUAUUAUAAUAAACCAAUAAUAAACAAUAUGAAUGUAUGUUAAUAUUAUGUACCUACUCGUUAUACUUAUACCAAAAUAUUUUUUAUUAUCUAGUUUACAGUUUUUGCAAAAAUCCAUCGUACAAACCCGUAAACCUGUAGCAUAAACCAAACGUUGACUUUUGCACUUCAACAGUUCUCCUCCACCUCAAAACAAAAACAACAAUGUUUAUGGCAACAAUAAUUUACGAUAACCUACCUUGCACCAUUGCAAUUGUUGUGUACACCUAAUCAAUGCUCAUAUACGUCUGCAUACAAGCGUACUCGUUAAACGCCAAAAACCUGUUAUUUAAAUCAUAGUACACAGCAAUAUUUGAAUAUUGACUUGACCUUGUACCCGGCGAUAAUGGUUUUCCCCCCCCAGCCGGUCCGAGGUUUAGAAAAAUGAUGAUUGUAGGUAUACCCAGGUAUUUUAUAUCGAAGGCACACGAAGACGUUAGUGUAAUUAUUGCGCAGAAAACCCAAUCAAAAUAAAGCCUGAAGUAGCCACAGUCGUGUUUGGUUGUAAAUACCAUUACCAAGAAUAUUUAGUUAUUGGUGUUGGUUUAGUAAAUAUCCAAGUUACACCGGUAAGCUGGUCUGUGAUUUUCCGAUGAAAUUUAAAUAGGUAUUCAAAUAUCAGACUUUUCUCUCGACAGUAUCAAACACUUGGAAGAACUUUCAAGGACAACACGUACCCAACUACAGUUUUGAAAUCGAUGGAAUCAAAAUCAGAACACAAACCGAUUGCUGAACACGGAAGUCAAUAUCAGGUUUUGGAUACAAUUUAAUUGGAAUAGAGUGUUUUUAAUAAUAUUAAAUAAUCGGGAUCCGAUGAAAAUGUAAUCGACAGAAUAUUAUAUGGUAUUAUAAAAAAAAAUACAGAAAGGAAAAUUUUAUAUGAACAGUUCCAUUGAGUUAUGUCACUCAACCAUUAUAAUCUUAAUUUCGUCUAUAACUGAACGACACUAUUAAUAUAUUGCCAGAGUCAAUAAGUGAAAACUAAUUUUAUCAAUACUUGUAUUAAAAACAACAAUAAAACAAUCAUAUUUCGUUACGUUAAGACUCAAUUUUAAAAGUAGGUGCGUAAUAAUAUUUAAUAAUGAUUUUUCUAAAAUAUUUUUGUUCAGUUUUAAUCUUUAUAAGCUUACAAUUUCUUGUCAGAUCUGAAAAUUGUAAUUAUAUAACAAAUUUUUUUGUGAAAAAAAAUUUAAUCGCUCUUAAAUCAGAGGAAUCAGUAGAGUUUCUUCCAAUCGAAUAUAAGACUACAAGUUUUGGAUUCUUUCCAUUGGAUUUUGGAAAUACAACUGUAUACCCUAACCUCAUCACAUACAAAGAUAAGGACGUGGAGACACUCUCAGACACCGAAUUGAAAAUUAGUAACGACGAUUUGAUGAACGCCGUUUACAAAAGUCUCACCAAUGACGAACGAUUACACGACGUAAUAAGUGUUUUUUCAAAUAGAUAUGUGGUCAGAAUUGGCUCCAACAACGUAAGGGUGUUCACAUUCAAAUUUGGCGUUGAUGUUGAAAUUGAUCAUACAAAAUGUGAGAUUGAUCAAAUACGAUUCAUAAAAUCAAUAAUAAAAGGAAUGAUUUGUAAGACUUCUUACGUGUCUGGCGUGCGGUAUAACAUCAAAUGUGAAACUAUCACAUUCAGUUUACUGCCUAUUGACGAAACUGGUAAACUUGAAAUCGAAACAAAGUGCAAGAUUUAAUUUUUGUUUCUUCCUGCAAGACUUUCUGUGAAAAUUUGAACUGACUUACAUUUAUAACGUUUUUAAAAAGUUAUGUAUCGCUUUAAUAUAGGUAGAUUAUUAUUAUAUAUUUUGUUGCAUGAAUUCGAUAGUUCGGAAUAUUAUGUAUCAAUAGACGAGUGGUGAAUAUUGGUAAGCUGUAAAAUAAUUUUGAAUCCUCCACCCUCAUGAAAAAUUGGAAAAUAGUCUACAUUAUUGAAAACACGAUUCUCUUUUGCAUUGCUCUCCUUAACGCAGUAAAAUGUGUAAGCUAAAGCUAUACUAUAAUAGUGUUCAAACAUUUGACGUUUCCGAGAGUUUGGUUAAAACUUUAUGUUAUGUUUCACUAAUCAGUAGGCGCGGAUACAAGGGAGGUAGGGGCAAGGGGCCAUGCUCCUCCCCCGUAGACUCUGGUGAAUUUUCUAUUAUAUCUAUUUUCGGCAGCCGAUAAAGUGCAUUGUUUCGCCGAUAGCGUUUCGGCCGUGUACGUUUUUAAUUUUAUUUAAGAGUACAAUUACUUAUACCGUAUAUUAUGUACUCGUAUAGGUAUUUAAUUACCAUUUUAUAAUAUCAUAUCGUCUUUAUAUUAAUAUUGCUAUUUAUAUAUUGUUAAUGGUCCUAUUACUGGAUAACUUCACUGCUCUUAUACUUUUAAAAGUCUUACAUAUUUUGUUCCUCUAUUAGAAUCUAUUUGCUUAUUUCAUAUUAUUUAUUUAUUUUGCACUGAUUUCAAAAGUUAUAUUUUAACAAAAUAUUAAUUUCUAUCAACGUGUAAUUCAAUAAAUUAUUACAAAUAUUACCCACUAUUAUAAUAUAGGACAAACAAAUAUAUUAUAAUUAUACUUAGAAUUUGCCAAAACAUGUAAAUCAUUGUCAUAUUAUUAAUAGUUAAAAAAUAUUUAUAUUA